AUGGCGCCCUCGCGCCUCGACGCCAUCCUCUACGAUGGCAAGUUCCACUCCAUCACCUACACCGGCACUGUGGUGCGUGGGAACAGGACGCUGAUGCCGACGGCGUGUUCAGCAGCGCAGUGGUCGCACCAAGGCUGCUACUGCUGCCCGCCGACGCGGAUCACCGCAAACGCAGGAGUCCCAAAUGUUGACUCGCACAGCGAUUUGGAGGCAGGGAAGAAACAAGCGCCGGCCAAACAAUCUGAGAUGGCGCCGGCUGUCUCCAUCUACAAGGUCCGUAUGCAAUUCCGUGGUUUGGACGGCAACAGCUACACGCCGCAGUAUGUGCCGAUUGGCCCGUACCAUCUAAGCUGUUCGUCCCCACGGACUCAAAAAGAGAAGCUGUGCGGUGUCUCCUUCCUCAAGAGCCUCUCGGACGAACACACCCUAGCGCGACUAGUGGACAAGUUGGAGCCACGAGCGAGGGAGUGUUACACCGACGGCGUUGGCCUGCUCACGCCGGAGCAGUUUUCCGGCAUGCUGCUGCGCGAUGGGUGCUACCUGCUUCUUCUGUUUGUACAUUAUGUGACAGGGGCAUGCAGCAAUGGCGGCGCUUCGACGGCGGCCGGUGGAGUCUCCGACAGCGCGGUGGUGCGCGACACCGUGUUCCUUGUUGAGAACCAGAUACCUCUCUUCGUGCUUGAGAAGAUCCACGAGCACAUCACAGGAGGCGCCAGCAUGUCCGUCCUCGGAAACAUCGCCGUCUCUGUCCAGGAGCUUCUGCAGGCACAACUCUACAUCAGCAAGAAGCUACGGCCGGCGCCUCAGCAGGCGUCCCACUUGCUCCACCUGGUGCAUCACUACUUUCAGCCAACCAAUCCGCCUCCUCCGGAAAUGGCAGCGAGCACGGCACGGCGCACCGGCCGGUGGCGCCGGGCGACGGAGUACGGCAGGUACGGCGGCAUGCGGUUCAAGCGCCGGGCCUUCGUGAGCGGGGAGGAGUGGACCGUCCUCGACGUGCGCCUUAAGCGAGGCACGCUGUGUGUCCCCCACCUGCGGGUCGACAGCAACACGUGGGCCGUCCUACGUAACCUGAUGGCGCUGGAGGAGCACGUCCCACGGAGGCCCGUCACGGCGUACUGCAUCUUCAUGUCGCAGGUGGCCGGUACGGUGGAGGACGUCAGGCUACUGGUUAACGCGGGGAUUGUGGAGCACUUCCUGCCGAGUGACGAGCAGGUCGCUCAAGGCUUCGCGGACCUCUGCAAUGGGGUGGUCAUGGACGUUGACAACCUUCACCGGAACUACCUCAAGCCCAUCUGGCACAAGCUGCAGGAACGCUGCCAGAGCCGCGUGUUUAGAUUCAUGGGAUGGUUCCGCCAUGACCGGCACCUCUGCAUGGCGAUAGCGUUCCUUAUGGCUCUCAUCGUCUUGGUUUGCCAAGUGACGCAGACGUUCUAUGCAGUAACCGGGGUCCGGAGGUGA